CUUUAAAUUAAAUUUAGGUAUCGAAUAUGCAGAAGAAUUAUAAUACAUAGACCUUAAAACUUUGACCGCGUUGAGUAAUUUUCGUACGAAUGAUAUUUUUUGUAAAAAAAUAAGAUAAUGUGUAAAAUUGAGCUAGAAGUCAUUCAACUUGUAGGUUUAAUUUUCAAUAUCAUUUCCUAUAUCGUUUCUGCCAUUGGAUUCGAUAACUUUCCUUAAAGAAAAUAACAAGAGCUUGUACCAUAGGACAUUUUUUUUUUGAAUUUUAGAACGCUAACAAACACGCAAAAAAGAAGCUGCAACCAGCAAAAAGGACAUUCAAAUGGUAGUACUUUUUACCUGAUGUUACGGUUUCGACUACUCAAAUUCAUGCUGAGAAAAAAAAUCGCUUCUGCUAAUACAUAUUCCCCAGUACCUCCCUUCAUUCCAUUUUCAUUAAAAUCGGAUUCAGAGCAUUACUUUUGAAUUCGAAUUUAUCAAAAUGUAAUACAAAAAAAUUACUUGCACUUGAUUUGUUUGUUGAUUCUUUCCUUAUUCACAACGACAACAGUAUACUUACCAGCUCACUAACACAACUCCGAACAAUGUAAUCUUUCGACGCAUUCACGCUCACAACUUCAAUCAUUUACUCUUUAUCAUCACGCAGACAAACGUGAAUGAGAGAUACAAACAAAUGCAUAGAAAUAUUACUACCAACAACAACAAAAAAAACUAAAGGAAAACUGAAAUUGUGAUUACUACUACUAUUAACUAAAGAGCAGAAGCAGAAAAAUCCAACUAACACAAGCGAAAGAUAAAGAUAAAAACUGUAUAAAGUAAUAAACGACGAAUAAAGAUAAAAAAACAUUGCUAUAUACCAAUUGCCUUGCACUGAUAUAAAUUAAUUGAAAUUAUCAAAACUAAAGAAAAAAAAACGGAUAAGAAAGUGCGAUGAAAGUCACCGCGUAAAAAAAAUAGUCACACUCGUGCUGUAGUACGACCUAGAGAGACUCGAACUGAGGAAAAAAGCAGUGACGAAGAACAAACAAACAAACAAACAAAAAACCGCGAGCGCGUUUUGAGAUUGAAGCCCCCUACAAAUCAACUAGUUCAUCCCUUUUUCUUCAUACUUCUAGACGGAUUAAUUUUCUUUUCUCGCCGAUCAAACACGAAGCUAACACGUAUUGAAUUGUGAAAAUUGGAGGAGGGGUAGAAAGCAGGAGACGUUCUUUACUGCAUGCUAGGCUAGAGUAGAGAGCAUUUACGCUAAGAAGAUAUUGUAAAGUAACAAACAGAACUGUAGUUAAAUUUGAAACAAAGAAGAGAAGAAAAAGAAGAAACAUUAAAAUCGGUGACACACUACUGUAAAUACCAUAUUAGCAAAGAAGAAUAAAAAACAACAAAAAGUGAGAAACUCAAACCCGACAAAAGCACACCCUUCUCGCUAUAUAAAAAUAAUAAUAGAUCAAAUCGAGUGCAGCAACCAAAGCAGCAGCAGCAACAUUUUAGCAACUCCCGCAAUGUUCCUGUAACUAUCGUACUGAUUGUGAGUCGAGUCCAAAUCAGUUGAAGUUAGGAAAUUACGUUGACUUUCUUGCUGAAUUCUUUCACCUCACCUAGAAGUGGCAGUGCACAGACCUUCUUUUUCUUUCGAAACGAAAAACUAACCUCAUUUCUAUCUCUUAAAACUAUCUAACUGUUACUUAAGCGUGUGUUGACUUGUUUCGUGUAAAUCAGUACUUCCCCAUCGCUGCAGACAUCCGCAAACUCACAGGAGCGAUGGAGUUUCUCAAAUAAAUUGCCUGAAUUCUUUCCAGCAAACAAAUCGAAGCCAAUAUACGAAAAACGAAAUCGCACUUGCCUACGCCAAACAUCGCAUACACACUCUCAAAUACUAACAUACAUUUACACACUCCGUUAUUAUAGAGUAAAUUAAAACUAAACCAAAUGUCCCGUCGCCGAUAACCAGUGGCAGGACAAUGGAAAGAGCGAACAUUUCUAAAGAAAGGAAAAAAAUAAAACAGUAAAACAAUCGAUCUACCAACACAUUUACGAAUCAUACACACCCAUACAUACGCAACAAAAAACAUUGUACUUAACAAGCACACUCACACCCACCCAUCCAUACACACACUAUCAAAAACAUGAUUGCAGUUUCUCAAGCGUUUUUAAAUUAAUACCCAAAAAGUUUAAACACGAGCAAGAAACAAGGCGUGAAGAAGAAAAAAAAAGAAAAAACAUUACCCCAAAUCUUAGUCUUCGUUAAUUUCGAUUUACAGAUCAAGUAAAACAAGUUAUAGAUAAAAAAUAAAAUAAAAACAAAACAACCAAAAAAAAAAAACAAAAACAAAAGAACAUUUUUCAAACUACGUUUACAGCAAACAAGCAUAGCUAUUUUUAAAAGAAGAAAAAACAAAAACUUUGCACAUUGACAAAGAAAAAGGCAAGCAAGCAGCAGGAGAGAAGGAUCGAAGCAAGCAUGUUUGCAGCAGGUGCGUCGCUCCUCGCUUCGUUAGUGUAUGUACUGUACAAACAAAAUACAAACCAAGAAAUAAAAAAACAAUCGGAAUUUCGGCUUCACGUUGGUCACAACUCUUGAAACUUAUGAAGAAGAAAAAUUAACACAUUACAAACGACUCACCUGCAGCAAUUCGGCGUAACCAAAAAAAAAUUGAAGAAAACCAUAAACACACACACACAUCCACACACCCACGAAUGGCGAAAGAAAAAACCGGUUAUCAAAUGUUAUUAUCAACGUUUAAAACACAAGUUGUUGCUCGAGGGAUCACUAUAUAGAGGAGAACAUACACUAAAAAAGUUGUGUUGGGCAAAGGUAAGCGAGAGAGGGAGAGAGUGAUGGGGAGUGCAAGCAAAACCGGACAAAAGAACAAAUGAAAAUAAGCAGAAGAAGUUGCAGAAACAAGCAAAUUGAUUAUAAUUGAAAAUGGAAAAUUAAAAUCUUUAUUGUUGCCACAUUUAAAUUAAAUUUAAAUAAAUAUUACUGAUAAAAUGAAGCAAAACCAUUUGUAAAUAUAUAAAAAAAAUAAAAUAAUUUUUAUCUAAA